AUGUCGUUCACAAAGGAAAUUGUCCAGAAUGCUGCAAAGAAUCUCCUCAACUUCAUCAACAAGUCUCCAUCUCCUUUCCAUGCUGUUGAUGAGCUUAAACACAUGCUGAAAUCAGCUGGUUUCCAGGAACUACGGGAAACUGAACACUGGGAAUUGGAACAGUCUAAAAAGUAUUUUGUGACCCGAAAUGAAUCUACAAUAAUUGCUUUUGCGGUUGGUGGCAGGUACCAGCCUGGGAAUGGGUUCAGUUUUGUUGGUGCCCACACAGACAGUCCAUGCCUCAAGUCAUAUGGAGGUGGUAUUUGGAAUACUUGGUUGGACCGAGAUCUGACUUUGGCUGGCCGAAUCAUGGUACAGACAACCAACCAUAUUGAACAUCGACUGAUCAACGUGAAAAAACCCAUUUUGCGGAUUCCCAAUAUUGCCAUUCACUUGCAAAGGGACAUCAAUGAUAAACAUAAUGUCAACAAGGAGGACCAUUUAUGUCCAAUUUUGGCCACCCAAGUGCAGGCUAAGUUAAUGGAAACUGGAACUUUGAACUUAACAGAGAAACAUCAGGUAAUUGGAGGAGCCUGCGAGGAAUUUCUUUUCUCCCCUCGACUGGAUAAUUUACUGAAUGCUUAUUGUGCUUGCCAGGGCCUCAUUGAUUCCUGCAACGGUUACAGCCUGGCAGAAGACACAAAUGUCAGAAUGGCAUGUCUUUAUGACAAUGAAGAGGUUGGUUCUAAAAGUGCCCAAGGAGCUGAAUCACUUCUUACCGAAAUGGUGAUGAGGAGAAUAUGCAAGGGAGAUAACCUUGCAUUUGAAGAGUCGAUUCCAAAAUCCUUUCAUCUCAGUGCAGACCAAGCUCAUGCCGUUCAUCCUAACUAUUCAGAGAAACAUGAAUCAUGCCACCAACCUGCAAUGCAUAAGGGUUACGUUUUGAAAAUAAAUGCCAACCAAUCAUAUUCGACCACAGCCAUCACUGCAGCAAUUCUAAGGAAAAUAGCUAACUUGGCUUCGGUCCCACUUCAGGAUUUUGUUGUACGUAAUGACAUGCCAUGUGGUUCAACAAUUGGUCCUAUUUUGUCCUUCAAACUUGGAAUCCCUACAGUUGAUGUUGGCGCUCCUCAGCUGAGCAUGCAUUCAAUCAGAGAACAGGGUUGCACCACAAGUGUCGCCCACGGUAUAGCUUUGUUCAGAGGUUUCUUUGAAAAUUACCCUCAUGUCUUCCAGUCUCUCAAGUUCUGA